AUACCCACACAUAGUGCGUUCAUCACAUUGUAUAUAGCUAUACCGAAUUCGCAUCCGCUGCUGCGCGCGAUUUCAGCCAACUAUAUAUGCAUAGCUUUAUGCAUAGCCUAUAUGUGUUAUAGGCACUAGUCGCAAGCGACGAGCGCCGAGCGCAGCACAGUAGCACUCCAACACACAACAACAUCAUCACAAAAUAACGCACAAAUAAAAAGAAGACGAGCAGCGAGAGCGAUUAUAUAGAUAUUUAAAUAUAGGAUCCUGCACACACGUACGCACGCACCACACAUACACACACUGCAGACACAGAUACACACACGUAGUUGAGCAAACGAUCUAGUCGCGCGUUUUAACGAAACAGUUGAGGCACUACUGCACGCACGAGAGAGAGACUGCAGGGAGAAGUGAUGAAAGAUAUUAGAAUUUUUGCACUGGAUCCAACUCUUUCGAACGGAAACCGCUACCAGCAUCCUUCUAUUCAAAUCAAGUAACGCCUGCAGCAGGACAUAGAGCAAAAUUAACGACGAGUCAAAAGACUGAGAAAUAGUUAUAAUUAACGCGUUCGACGUGCAUGUCUCUAAUGUGUGACCGUAGGUGUGUUGUGCUACGGUGUGCAGCGAGUGUCGCGAUGAUGAUCGACGUUCCGUUUGUCAUGAAGUGCACGCAAGUCUAGAUAUGUGCUUCAACGCGAGCGCGUGAUCGCGUAUCCCAAAGCUCUAGCGACACACAAAGACUGACCGAAAAGUUGACUAAACGAGUAAAUAAAUAGUCGUUUAUCAUGGGGACGCGAAGCCGGAUAGCUAGCUACGCACUCUGCUUCCUGGUCAUACAGGUCAAGUUCACCAUCUCGCGUACUUCUUGGCGUUUGAGCGCUGACAAAGUUGUCAUGAGCAGUACUACCACGACUGCACCUGGUCUUGAAGAUGAUGCCAUACUCAAUAUACUUACCAGUAGCAUAAGUUUAGGUAAUGGUCAGGGCUGGAGUAGAACUGCGACAGACUCUAAUGCAGCUGAUAAGCUGCAAGUUCACUGCAGCGAGUGCAAAGCUUACCCUACUACCAAUGGUCAUGGACAAGACAGGCGCUUCGCCGCGGCGACUUAUGCAGCCGUGGCCGCGGCCGCUGCGGCGGCAGCUGCAGCUGGGGGCGAUCCAUCCUCCGGCACGAGCAAUCUCACGGCCGAGCAGACCUUCGCCAACUUGGCCAAGUCGUCGUCGUCGUCGUCGUCGUCCACGACUCCCGGCCAAGGCAAUAGCAAUAACGAGCAGCAGCAGCAGCAGGCGUCGAUGAGCUGCGGCUCGUCGGGGCAGUCCUGCGACGACAUCGUCCUCGACUGCGGCAAACCGGUCAAUUUCACCUAUUACGACAAUCUGAUCGGCGUGGCCAACAGAAACAAGCAUCCCCUCGUGCCCGAGCCCGCCGUCGUUUACAUGUUCAAGAAGACCGAGGAGAAACUCACGGAUUUCGAUAUCGAUUUGCUCGAGCGGCGCCUCAAACGAGCCAAGCGAGAGAAACCGAAAUCAGUCCAGCUGUACAAUCAAAUCGGCAACUUCUGGCGCAUCAAGGGCAACGCUCAGCGCUCGAUCGAGUGCUUCCGCAGGGCGCUGGCAGUGUCGCCGCACAACGCCGAGGUCCUCUUGAAUCUGGCCAGGGUCCUGCUGGUGCUGGAGUACCUCGACGACGCGUCCUACCUGGCGAGGCGAUCGCUCGAGCUCCAGCCCCCCGAUCGCAACGCUUGGGAGCAGUACCUCACGCUCGGCCAGAUAUUCAAGGCGUACGGUCACUUUCAAGAAGCGGCUGUUCAUCUGAGACACGCUCUCGAGCUAAAGCCCGACCUCGUUGAUGCGGCCAAAGCCUUAAAGGAGGUCGAAUCUUUGCCGAUCGCCAGUAUGCACAUGUACACGUUGCUCAUCAUUGUAUGCUUGGUACUCGGCGUACUACUAGUCGUAUUGAGCAACGUCGAGUGCGAGGACGACUCGACGCUCGCCCCGGAUCAUCAGCACCAUCAGCAACAGCACCAAAGCCAAUCGCAAACACAGCCGAUUCCGCAGCAUCAGCAGUAUUUGCAGCGCGGCCCAACGGCCCCGUCCCAGCGUCACUUCAAUCGUGCCAUGGCUAUGCGGAGUCUCCGAUUCAACGUGUCGCGCGGAAAGCGAUGCUGAUCGAGAGCCGCCGCAGCAGCAGCCGCAAACGUUAUUAUUGUUCGCGAUAAGAAUAACAAUAACGACAAGUCCUCCCUCGCCCGAAUACUACUAGUAUCCCCAAUCUUCUUAAAUUAUUGUGAUAGACCUAUUCUGUAAAAGGAAAGGAAACAUGAUACCUGUGACCGCACACGAUAUACUUAAAGUAACCAUUAUUAAUAUUAUUAUUAUUGUCAUUAUUAUUGUCAUUAAAUGUCGACUAAAAAAACGACUACGACGAAGCUGUUAAAGAAACCAAAACGACAAGAUCUCGCGCGAUCUGCGUUACUAUAUAUCAUAACGUAUGAAAAGCAUGUAAUGCCAAUGGUACAGAAAUACGUAUAAUAUAUAUUAACGGAAUACCAUAUAAUUGUGAUUUUUCUUCUCAGUACUUAUAUAAUGUGACACAGUCAUAAUAUAAAAAUGAAAAGUAUGAUAAUAUAUCAUAAAAUAAACGCGAUUCGUUUUACUACUGUAUAACUAACGCACGGUGUAUAUGAAAUAUAUAUCAAAACGUAUUCGUACGUUAAUGAGCGUGUGGAACGCGCGCAUUCCGGAUUUCAUGCAAGCGCGUUUGAUUCGUUGUUUUUAAUUAUUAAUUUUUCUUGUUUUCGUUUUUUCGUAUUAUGAUACAUACAUGUGUUGGUAUACAAACACACGCCGCGCGAAAAUUUAUUGUAAUACUUUGAUGAUAAAACAAUGUUGACUGAAAGAUGAGUAAAAAGCCAUUCAAAUAAAAAUGUGCGAAACCAUA